AUGAUUUCAGAAUGCCUUUAUGGAAUUUUUUGUAAGUAUUGCUUUCUUUUUGCAGAAGUUGGGGGAAUACACGGUCAAGUGCAAUUACUCAAGCUAGUUACUUUACCUCUUAAAAGUUAUUCAAAGCUUUUGGGUAAGGAUGGAGACUUACAAAUACAUGAUUGCAAUGCGUACCACAAAAUUGCUAUGUUGGCAGCAUCAGAUUUCAUCAGAACAUACGAAUGUCCGUUAACAGAUAAUAUUGCUCUGCGAGGUCAUCGCGAUGAUGGGCAGAUCUUUGAAAUAAAUCAAAACUCUUCAUUAAUUAAUGAUGGCAAUCUUCGGGAAUUGCUUUGCUUUCGAGUGAGCGCUCGGGACAAUAUUUUAAAAAACCAUUUGAAUAACUGUAAUUCUAAAGCAACAUACAUAAGUAAAAGUAUUCAAAAUGAAAUAAUCGAACUAUGCGCUCAACAAAUUCAGGGCUUAAUUAAAACAAGAAUUUUUAAAGGAAAAUUUCAUAGCGUUAUAUUUGAUGAAACAACGAAUAACAGUCAUAGUUCUCAAAUGACAAUCGUUUUAAGAUAUAUUGAUGUUUAUACCUGUGAAAUACGUGAAGAUUUCAUUGGUUUUGUAAACUGCCAUACUGAAAAUUAUUCUAAUUUUACUUAUGAACCUGUAAUAACAGGAGAAUUGCUAGCAAACACAGUUGCAAACACAUUGACAAAAUUUGGCUUCAAUUUAAAAUAUUGUAUUGGUAUAGGUACUGAUGGAUGCAGUCUUAUGUUAGGUAAAAACAACGGAGCAGUCACGAAAUUACAGAAGAUCCAACCAAGCGCAAUAAAAAGUCCAUGCUACAAUCAUGCUUUAAACUUAUCAGUUUCUAAAUGUUCGUCUGUGCGAGCUGUAAGAAAUAAAAUUGGCACAAUGAAAAAAGUAAAAUCAUUUUUUAAAGGUUCGCCGAAGCGAAGUAACGUUCUUAAAUAUAUAAAUAAGGGAAUGCUUACAAGCUUGUGCGAAACAAGAUGGAUUGAACGGCAUGAUUCUGUGUUAAGUUUUAAAUCUUGUUUGACAACUAAUGUGUUAAAUACCACAGUCUCUUUAAGUGAAGCUCUUCAAAAAAAAUUAUUGGAUAAGGAAUAUGCAAAAACUAUUCUUAAACAUACCAUAAAGAUAUUAAAUAAAAGACGACAGAAUGAAGAAAACUUUAACUCUAUAUUUAUGACUGCAUCAAAGUUAAUAGAAGAUAUAGGGCUGCCCAAUAUAAAUACUGUUGAUGAGAAUGUCCAAUUAAUGAAAGUUUCUUCAGAAUUUGAAUUUUGGGAGCUAAAAUGGAAAGACGCAAUCAAAAAGCAACAAGACCUACCUGAAUGUGCACUGAAAGCAUACAAGCAAUGUGAUUGUAAUGUCUUCCCUUUAAUUAAAUGUAAUUUGCAACUGCUUUGCACCCUACCUGUUAGCGUUGCUUCGGGAGAACGGAGUUUCUCGGUUUUAAAAAGACUCAAAACUUGGUUAAGAUCUAAUAUAGGACAAGAACGAUUAAAUGGCUUAGCUAUGAUGCAUAUCCAUAGAGAUUGCAUCAUAAAUAUUGAAGAGAUUAUUGAUAGUUUUGCAUCUUUGAAAACUAGAAAGCUCAAUUUUAUAUUGUAG